UGCAUGAUAUUUAUCAAUGCGUAGGUUGCUACUUAAGUGUAAGAAACGAAAAUAUCAAAAAUUUAAGUUCAGUUUGUUUUUCAGUAUUAGUUUUGACUUUUAAAAGAGCAGUUUCAGUGCAUUUACAACUAUUUGCAUUAGAUUGGAAAUUCGGACAUAAUUUCGGAUACUGUACAUGUGCUGCUGUGAGUUAGACAACCAUGGAUUCUGAAGAUGUAUUGAGAGUUUUAGACAGUGGAAAACACAACAUCUUUCAGUGGCUGACCUUUUUCAAACUGGGAUUCGUCUACUUACGGGGAUGUUGGCAUGUCCUUGCUAUCAUUUUUAUGGGUGCUGUUCCAAGCCACUGGUGUGCAAGACCUGAGGACACAAACUCCACCCAUUACUACCCAGAUGGAGAGUGUAGUGUAACCUUUGAACAAGGUGGAACAAAUGUCACUGAAGAGUGCUCUUAUGGAUAUGAGUAUGGGAAAGAGUUUGACUCCACUAUUGCCACUGAUUUUGACUUGGUAUGCAAAAAUGAUUACCAGGUUGACCUCAGUACCACAAUUUACAUGAUAGGCAGUGCCCUUGGUGCCAUACUCAUAACCCCGCUGUCCGACAAAUAUGGCCGAAAAAAAGUGCUUCUUGUGUCGCUGUGGAUACAGGGAGUUUUCGGAAUAGGUGUUGCCUUUGUUCAAAGCUAUAUUGCUUUUGUGAUCACAAGAUUUGUGGUGGCCCUUUUGAACAUGGCUAUAGCAUUGAUAGCUUAUGUGAUGAUAACAGAAUUGUUUACGACCAAGAAAAGGACCCUUCCAUCUGUAGGUGUAAACUUCUUCUGGUCAUGGGGCAUCAUGACUCUUGCCUUAUUUGGUUACCUAAUUAGGGACUGGAGGCACAUGCAGAUACUUAUUACUGUGCCAAAUUUUAUCACAGUGCUUUAUAUUUGGUUUUUACCAGAGUCAAUACACUGGCUCUUGACCAACAAAAGAUGGAAAUUGCUCCGCAAAACGGUCAAAAGUGCGGCAAAAACAAACAGUAUUACCAUUUCAGAGGACUUCUUUAGACAUAUGAAUGAAGCGGAAACUUGUCCGUCCAGAAGUAUUGAACAGGUUGAAGUUGAUACAUUUGUAAAACAAGGCACAGAACAGCAUGUUGAAACCAAGGAUGUCAAACCAAUGGAUGGCCAAACUAAAGCAGUCACUAUACUGGACCUGUUUAAGACCCCAAAGAUCAGAAGAUACACCAUUGUGAUGUUUUAUUUAUGGUUUGUGAUAAGUUUAGCCUACUUUGGUAUACUGUUUAGCACUCCAACAUUACAUGGAAAUAUGUUUGUGAAUCUUGCAAUAAGUGGAGCUGUUGAGAUGCCAGCAUGUCUCACGUGCAUGUAUGUCCUCGAAAGAACUGGUCGUCGGAAGCCGUUGGUAUGUUUUAUGCUGCUUUGUGGUGUGAUGAAUAUUGUCACAAUAUUUGUGCCCGCUGAAACAGCAUCUGGCGUAAAUUUACAGCCCUUGACAAUCACAUUCGCAAUGAUCGGCAAGUUUGGAAUCACAGGGGCUUAUUCUACAGUUUACCUUAUGUCUGCUGAGAUAUUUCCAACUUCUGUUCGGAAUCAGGCUGUUGGGUUGUCUUCCUUCUUUGAGAACUGUGGCAGUAUCUCUGCACCAUUUAUAGUUUAUGGGGCAAAGAAUCUCGAGCGAAUGCCACUAGUUAUAUUUGGCGCUUUGACAGUUCUAGGUGGAUUACUUGCUCUAAUGUUACCAGAAACACAUGGGCAGGCUUUGCCAGAAAAUAUUCCAGAUAUCGAUGAUACUCCAAGACAUGUUACCAAAACCACAGCUCCGUUGUCGGAUCCGGGCGUUACACGCCUGUGAUGUUUUAACACUUAUGGUGUAUUAAAGAAAAAAUAAACUUCAAAUCAAAUGAGUGGGCCAGUAAAGCAAGUACACAAGUAUUAUUUAGCCCAAAGACAUGAGCUCAUGGAUAUAACAUGUUACUUUGUGAAAGUAUUUGUGACACUCUAUCAUUUUGCAUGAUGUCAAUUGGUAUAACCAGCUAGAUUUCUACUUAUUUGAUUAUUACACAUUGGUGAUGUCAUAUUAUAAUGUAUUAUUUUAUUAUGCCCCCAAAGGAGGGCAUAUUAAAAACGCAUGGUCUGUCCAUCCAGUUAAUCUUGUCAGGGCUAUAACUUUUGUCGUGCAGGGAGGGAUUUUAAUAUUACUUAGAAACUGCUUUUAAGCACAUAAAGACGAAGUGUCACAUGCAAAACCCACGCCCCUACUUCAAAGGUCAGGAUCACACUUAUUUUAUCAUUAUGGAAUAUUGCUAAUAUGCAUACACAGUAUAGUUGGUUGUUUUCGGGCUGUUACUUUGUCAUGUAGAGAGCGUUUUUAAAAUUGCUUAGCACAUGUUUUCGUUACAUAAAGACAAUGUGUCACAUGCAUGACCCACAACUCUACUUCAAAGGACAAGGUCACACUUGGAGUUUAAUCAUUAUGGUAUGCUGCAUAUAUUCAUAUACCUGCCUAUAGUUGGUGGUGUCUGGUCUGUAAUUUGUCAUUCAGUUAAUGAUGGCUCUAGUAAUUGAAUAAUGCAUUAAACUGGAUGGCACUUUGGAGGCAUUCGUACAUUAGCUUACUGUGACAGCUCUUGUUUUCUUUAAAUCUGUUGAACUACAAUACUAAAACAUUCCACCUUAAAAAGUAAUUGUCUGUAAUUGUUGGCAAAAGCAUACUGUUUAAGAAAAAGCAACUGUUAAUUUGAAAAUUUGAUACUCUUGUUCAUUGAUAUUUGAAUCAUGGAAAUGAACAGUAUUUUUAUCAUCUAGCCAAUUAGUUUUAUCAGGGGUUCUGCAGUUUAGGAUUAACCCAAAAUCCCUAUUAUGUAUCAGGGCUGAGUGCUCUUAAUUUCAGACAAAUGUAAAGGUGUUUUUUUUUUGCUCUGACAUUUGCAUAAACAAAAACAGUAGAAAGUACUUUGAAAUGGAUAUAAAUGACCAUGUUAAAAGGGGUCCAAGAUCCUUUACACUGCUUUUGUUAUGAAUCCCUGAAACAGAUCUGGGCUUAUUUUCACAAUUAUCGGCUGUUUUAGAACCCCUGUUUAUUGAUGUAGUUUUUUAUGUACAUGUACUGUAUUGUUGUGUUGCUGUAUACACUAUUCUGAUCUGUUUUGUUCAUAUAAUAGUGUGUUUUGUUCAUAAUUAUAAUAGUGUGUUUUGUUCAUAAUUAUAAUAGUGUGUUUUGUUCAUAUAAUAGUGUGUUUUGUUCAUAAUUAUAAUAUCAUGUUUUGGUCUUAUAAUAGAAUGUUUUUGUAUUGAUUUAUUGAAAAAAAAAUACCACUAACUUCAUGUACAGCGUAUACAUGAUUCAUCAAAUUUGUAGUGUUUAACUUUUCCAUCUGAAUGAAUCGCAACAUGUCUUUUGACAUUUAUUUUUGGCUGUAUGCAAUUUAUAAUUUCUGACGCAGUGUUAUAUACACGAUAAUCAAGUUAUUUAGUAUGAUUCUGUAUGAACAUACAUUGUGUUAAGUACAUUUUUUUGAUAAAAGCGUUUUAUACAUCUCCUUUUUUUAAAACAAUCUUUAUAUUAUUGAAUAUUUGUUGUUCUUUUGUUUUCUUUGUAUUUUAAUCGUGCCUUGCUUUGGAUAUUUUUUGCCUGUUUUAGAUGUGCUGGCCUUUGUUUUUAUUCAUAUUUUGUAUGCAUUUUUAGCUCACCUGUCACUUUGUGACAAGGUGAGCUUUUGUUAUCGCCUUUUGUCCGGCGUCCGGCGUGCGUUAUGCGUCGUCCGUCAACAAUUUACUUAAAAGACAUCUCCUCCUUAACCGCUGGGCCAAUAUUAAUAAAACUUCAUAGGGAUGUUCCUUGGGUGGUCUUCUAUCAAAGUUGUUCAAAGAAUUCAAUUCCAUGCAGAACUCUGGUUGCCAUGGCAACCAAAAGGAAAAACUUUAAAAAUCUUCUUCUCCCAAACCACAAGGCUUAGGCUGUUGAUAUAUGGUAGGUAGGAUCACCAAAUGGUCCUCUACCAAGAUUGUUCAAAUUAUGGCUCUGGGGUCAAAAUUGGCCCCGCCCCGGGGGUCAUGGGUAUUCUCUAUAUGUUUAUAGUGAAAACUUCAAAAAUCUUCUCCUUUGAACUUACUUGGACUAGAGCUUAGAUAUUUGGCAUGAUUCAUCGUCUAUAGACCUCUACAAAGAUUGUUCAAAUUAUGGCCUUGGGGUCAAAAUUGGCCCCGCCCCGGGGGGUCAUGGGUAUACUUUAUAUGUUUAUAAUUAAAACUUCAAAAAUCUUCUCCUCUUAACUUACUUGGACAAGAGCUUAGAUAUUUGGCAUGAUUCAUCAUCUAGUGGACCUCUACAAAGAUUGUUCAAAUUAUGGCCCUGGGGUCAAAAUUGACCCCUCCCCUGGGUGGUCAUGGGUUUUCUCAAUAUGUUUAUAGUAAAAAAAAAUCAAAAAUCUCCUCUGAACUUACGUUGCUUAGAGCUUAGAUAUUUGGCAUGAUUCAUCAUCUAGUGGACCUCUACAAAGAUUGUUAAAAUUAUGGCCUUGGGAUCAAAAUUGGCCCCGCCCCGGGGGGUUAGGGUAUUCUCUAUAUGUUUAUAGUUAAAACUUCAAAAAUCUCCUCUGAACUUACUUGGACUAGAGCUUAGAUAUUUGGCAUGAUUCAUCGUCUAGUGGACCUCUACAAAGAUUGUUCAAAUUAUGGCCUUGGGGUCAAAAUUGGCCCCGCCCCCUUGGGGGGUCAUGGGUUUUCUCUAAAUGUUUAUAGUGAAAACUUAAAAAAUCAUCUCCUCUGAACUUACAUGGCUUAGAGCUUAGAUAUUUGGCAUGAUUCAUCGUCUAGUGGACCUCUACAAAGUUUGUUCAAAUUAUGGCCCUGGGGUCAAAAUUGGCCACACCCCGGGGCUGAUGGGUUUUCUCUAUAUGUGUUAUAGUGAAAACAAAAAAUCUUCUCCGAACUCACAAAGACAAGUAACGUCUUAAUUUAAACUGGAUAACAUAUUGAGUACAAAUACCAAUUUUCAAUAUGGGCCACAUACAACAAUUUAUAACAAAUAUACAUAUAUAGAUACACAUGUAAAAUCAAGUAGUGACAAGAGCUUAGAUAUUUGGCAUGAUAUAUCAUCUAGUUGACUUGUACCAAUAUUGUUCAAUCUUUGGCCCUGGGGUCAAAAAAUGGCCCCACCCAGGCGGUCAUGGGUUUCCUUAUAUAUGUAUAUGAUGAAAACUUAAAAAAUCUUCUUCUCCGAAACCAAAAGGCAAAGGCCUUAGAUAUUUGGUAUGAAGCAUUGUUUAUCGGACCACUAUUAAGAUUGUUCAAACUUUAGCCCUGGGGUCAAAAUUGGCCACGCCCCGUGUUCAUAGGCUUAGGUUUUCAAUAUUUGUAUAUAAUGGAAGAAUGUGCAAUAUAUGACAGGUGAGCGAUUCAGGGCCAUUUGGCCCUCUUGUUUAGUUUUUCAUUACCAAAGAAGCAUUUUUUGUGUCGCCUGAAAAGACGACAUAUAGGGGUUACUUUUGUCGGCGGCAUCGGUGGCGGCGGCGGUGGCGGUGUCGGCGGCGUCCGCGUCCCAUUUUCGCUUGUCCGGGGUAUAUCUCCUAAACUAUUAGUGGUAUCAACUUGAAACUUCAUAUGUACAUAGAUCUAAUUGAGGGCAAGUGCAGUGCUUAAGAACUGUUACUCUUGCUUCCAUAUUUUUAGAGUUUUGCCCUUUGUUAUUUUUCAUGCUUAAAGUUUUGUCCGGGGCAUAUCAUGUAGAAUAUAAGAGUUAUCAACUUGAAACUUCAUAUGUAGAUAGAUCUCAUGGAGGGCAAGUGCAGUGCACAAUAACAGUAACUCUUGCUUUCUUAGUUUUAAAAUUAUUGCCCUUUGUUAAUUUUCAUGCUUAAAGUUUUGUCCGGGGCAUAUCUUGAAGAAUAUAAGAGGUAUCAACUUGAAACUUCAUAGCUAGACAGAUCUCAUUGAGGGCAAGUGCAGUGCACAAUAACAGUAACUCUUGCUUUCUUAGUUUUAAAGUUAUUGCCCUUUGUUAAUUUUCAUGCUUAAAGUUUUGUCCGGGGCAUAUCUUGAAGAAUAUAAGAGGUAUCAACUUGAAACUUCAUAGCUAGACAGAUCUCAUUGAGGGCAAGUGCAGUGCACAAUAACAGUAACUCUUGCUUUCUUAGUUUUAAAGUAAUUGCCCUUUGUUAAUUUUCAUGCUUAAGUUUUGUCCGGGGCAUAUCUUGAAGAAUAUAAGACGUAUCAACUUGAAACUUCAUAGCUAGAUAUAUCUCAUUGAGGGCAAGUGCAGUGCACAAUAACAGUAACUCUUGCUUUCUUAGUUUUAAAGUUAUUGCCCUUUGUUAAUUUUCAUGCUUUAAGUUUUGUCCGGGGCAUAUCUUGAAGAAUAUAAGAGGUAUCAACUUGAAACUUCAUAGCUAGAUAGAUCUCAUUGAGGGUAAGUGCAGUGCACAAGAACCGUUACUCUUGCUGCCAUAUUUUUUAGAGUUAUUGCCCUUUGUUAAUUUUCUUGCUUAGGUUUUGUCCGUGGCAUAUCUCGUCAACUAUAGGAGGUUUCAACCUGAAACUUAUUCCGUAGGUAUAUCUGAUUGAGGGUUCAAAUGCCACCUACACUUGAAAGUUAAAUGGCAACAUCAUUGUCUAUAAAUGAAUAAAAUGCCAAUCUAACAGCUAUAAUGUUGACAGUAAAUAAUUCGUCAGGCGACACAUCCGCCUCGCGGAGUUCUAGUUUAAAAGGUAAAACUGUACCGGCCCUCGAUACAGUAUGAAAUUCCUGCAGCUGAAGUUCCUGUCAUAACAAGGGUAGUUAACAAUGUAGCUGUGGCAUGGACCUAUAGGUCUGUGGCUGUGGUAAUGUCUUGUGCAUUUUGAAAUUAUUCUUAAGAUCUGAUUAGUUUGAAUGUACACUUUUGUGUAAAUCAUAAGUUCAUAUGAUAUUUCACUGAUUGUUUUCAAAAAAUAUCGGUCUGAUCAUAGUAAGAUGGAAGAUGUCUAUUGCGUUUUAUUGAAAAAUAACUUUACUUGGAUGCUUAUUAUAAGAAAAUGGACGGAUAUUUGAUUUAAUAACAACAACAACUUUUAAUGCAUUCAAGCAAUUAUGCUUAUAGCAUACAAACAGUUUACGUGCAAACAGGUAUACUUGAGCGAGAAGCAUAAUAAUAAAAUGUGAACAAAAGAUAAACGAUUGUUAAUAUUAUAAAGUAGAAGUGAAAUAUUUUGCAAUUUAAAGGUAAAUCUAGAAUGCUUACAUAAAAGUAUUUGCCGUUAACAAUUUGCUAGAACAAAAAUUUAAACAAGUAAUUCACCACAGUCCGAAUGUUUAACAGAGGGAGUAGUAUUCGUCCAAUCGUUAAUAUCAUGAGCUUAUUCGUGUUAUAGCAUAUAUAUAUAUAUAGCAUAUACUCAAUGAAUUCGUAGCUUUGUUCAUUAUUGCAUAUUGCAGCGAGUUUCAAUGACAUCAACAGUAUGAUCAAAUGUUUCCUAUAAUAAGACAUGCAGUUGUACAGGCAGCUCGAGUAUACGGACCUUUUGUUGACACAGCAUUCGACUGAUACAUAGAUUGUAUUGCACAUUUAUUGUACACUAUGUGUGCUAGCUCACAGUCGACUCAUGUAUGUUGUUUUUGCUUGUUUUGAAUAAACAUUGUGCUUACA